CCACCAUACUUUAUUUUUAUGUCUCGUUGACUAUCUCGUACAGCUGCGAUGAAUUCUCGAAUCUCGUAACGACAUGUAAACAACCGGUACCUGUAGCUUUGCCUGCAAACUGCACUCGCACAAUUGCCAUUGAUAAAUUCCACAAUUUUUCUUUCUUUUCACCAUAUGAAGGUAUGUCAGGCAAAAGCUAGGAUCCAGUACAGACAUGUUUUGAAUACUAACAAGUAAGUAGAUCUAAUUGACGUUCGAAAGAGAAGAGCAUGACUUCCAAAUUAACAUCUGGCGCUGCUGAUGACAAGAGCGACGACGAGAAUGACAAUGGCACUGGAGGAAGUGGGGGAGUUCUGUUUUACGUCAAUAAAGAUGGUUUUCCCAUGACUCACCAAACAUUUGAAAAAAUGUUUAAUCAUUGUGCAAGGAUUCAUCCAGAUAAAGAAAAGAUGGUGGAAAAGAUUCAAGGCAACAAAAACUUACCGAAGGUUCCCAUUCCCUCAGUCCCUGCUGUGCACCUUUACCAGUCUGUUGGAGCUAGAUUAGAAGCAAUCCAGGACUAUAUGAAAGAACUACAAUACAAUCACACUGGUAUGCAGUUUUAUGAAAUAAAAAAGAACAGGCCUUUAUCUGGUUUAAUGGAUUCUGCUAAAGAAAUGAUCAGGGAGUCACUACCCAUCAAAUGUUUGGAAGCUGUAAUUCUAGGAAUCUACUUGACAAAUGGAACCCCGGGAUUAGAACGGUUCACAAUAAGUUUUAAGACUCAAUUCCAUGGGAAUGUUCAUAGACAUGUGGUACUUGGUUUGGUUCAUAACUCACGCUAUGGUGCUCUUGGUAUGAGCAGGAGAGAAGAUCUCAUGGAUAAACCUCUUGAAUUCAAGUCACUAUCUGAGCUGAUCUUUAGCUACCAAGAUGCAUAUAAGAAGUAUUGGCAUGUAGUGAAGAAACUGAAGGUUGGAUUACCAAUCGCUCAUGAUCCACAUAGUUUUGAACAGAUACAAUGGCGGCAUCUGUCUCUUAACAUGUGGAAAAUGACUCGCACUGAAGCAAGCAAGGAGAUUGACAAAUAUGCAAAAGAUAUGAGAGCAUGUUACAAAUCAAGUCGCUCAGGGCAGUCCAACUAUCAGUUUGUCCAAGAAACCAACCCUUACAACUCACCUCGUAGGAAUCCUAUUCCUAGUACUCCUAGGGUUCAUAGAUCAUCCUCUCCUAUCGUUGUCAGGGUAACACAAGCUGGAGCUGAUGGUAGUGAUGAUGAUGGACCAGUGGUAGAAAAAAGGUUAACAGGUGGUGGAUACGAAAUCAGAAUAUAAUACCGAUAUUAAUCACUAAUCCGUUGCCUAAUGGAGCACAAGAUAAGUACUAUAUCUGUGGGAAUUACAAAAAUCAUCUGUCAAUUGGUUAAUUGUCUUUUAUUACAGGGGCCUGCUUUAUAAAGACUUCUUAGUAAUGCAUAGUUUCUAUCACAAUUUUAUGAUCAGCCAAUCAGGUUGAAUAAUGUCAGUAGCUUUUAACUGUUAUUGCAAAUUUGUUAUAGUAACAAGUUUUAUGAAAUGACCUUCUGAUCUAUGUAGAAACAUGAUAUAGAGUUUUUAAGGUAUUUAUCAUCUGUAAAUGAAAAAAAAAUGUUUUAUAAUUGUCAGUGACUGUAUCGAAAAGUAAUCAUGUGGUUCAGUUGUUGUUUGUAUUAUGAGAGAGCAAGGCAGGUCUAUGUUAGAAGGAGUGAGAGAGAAAGAUAAGAGAGAGAAAGAUAAGAGAAAGAAAGAAGAGGAAGACAGAGAAGGGGUCGGGUGCAUGGUAGAGGUUCUAAAAAAACUAAAGAAGAUUUUUUGUGUGUGAAAAUGGUGAAACAUUUAAGAAAGAGAGAUGGGGGAGAAACUUUUAAGAGAAAGCAGUGCAAUGGCCAGAGACAUUGGUAGAAGGGAAACUGAGAGAUGGUAAAAUAGAAGGCCAAAUGAGAAAGCAAAAAGAAAGUAAAAAAAAAGAUUAAGAGAGGGGGUUGGGGGAGACAUAAGAGCAUGAAGAACAGAAUAAAUGCUUUAAUGUGUUUUUUUGCAUUUUGCCAAAUAAAAAUCUACAUUUCCAAGGAUUCAAAUGUGAUUAGUUGUGCAUUUAGAUAUCACAUCGAUCCUAAUGUUUGUCUUUCAAUCCCAAUAGCUGCUUUGAAAGAAUAUAACCAAUAACCAUUCAUUUUUUUAAAUAAGUUUUAUAAGUUCAGGGCAUCACAGGAAAUCUUAAUGAAGAUUCAAAGACUUUUUUUAUCUUCCUUGUUAAAAUUUGAUACCUAAAUAUUUGUUGUUAGUAUUUAUGUUGUAUAUUAUUUAUUUAGUAUUUAUUUGUAUUCUUUGUAAAAUUAGUUAUACAUGUUAAGUACUUUGAUAUAUUUUUUUACAAAAUCACCAAUUUGGCUCUUUACUACUUUUUCAGUCUUUCAUAUUGAAUAGUUUAAAGGCAUGUCACGAGCCAAUUUUGUCUCUGCAAUUUGUUUCCGUCCGAUGUUUACUGUUCCAUCCAUUAUUGUUUGAAUAGGUAAUUGAAUGCAGAAUAUUAGUGCAUUGAUUCUCACUUCCUUGCUUUAAUACUAGCUCAGACCCUUUACCAGGGGGCCACUUAACUAUAUUGAUCUAACAUGAAGAACUUAAUCAGGAAAACGGGAUUUGGGUGGUUGAAAUGCAAAAGUGAAUUGUACGUGAUGUAUUAGUGUGUUGAGAAUACAACAAUAACAGAGAAGAAAUGUAAGAGAUCUAUGCAAAAAAAAAUGAAUGUGUUUCUGAGUUUAUCAUAUUGCUAAUGGGAUAUUUUUUCCUCCAUAUCAGUUGGAUUUUUGUGCCACCUAGGAUUCCGUGAUAAAGGGCAUUCUAUAUAAGCCAGUUUGUAGUUCCACUCUGCGCAUGAUCAGAGGAAGGUCAUUUGUACUAAAGUGACAUGGUGGUUUAAAAUUUAAUGAGAUAAGCACCAACUUCGAUGUCUUGAUUAUUCAUAUAUUCUUUUGAAUUGUGUUUUUCAUACACAUCCACAAAAAACAAUGCGUCCAUGAAUGACUGGUUUAUUUCACAGUUUGCCAAGUACAUUGUACAACAUCCUCUGAUAUACAUUCAAAGUAGUAAUGCAACAAAUACCUUCAUAGAGUGUUCAUUGAUGUGCUAUUCUAGUCACCUGGUCUAUUCAAAUACUUCUUCGCGCUAUGUAAGGCAUGCAUACGUAAUAUCUUGCUUUGAAAUCUGCCUAUCUUAAUGAAAGAAAUGAAAGGUCAUUUGACCAAAAUUGUCCACGGAGUAACUACAAACUGGUCUAUUGGCAUUACAGUUGUGGGGGGGGGGGGGUUACAAUUUAAAUGAAACGUGAAUAAAGUAUAAAUUUGACCUAUAAAAUGCAUUUAGGGAGUCAUUUUUAUUUUUGAACACCUGUGGUCAUGCAUGUGUACAGCAUUGUGGUUAAGUGGCCCAAGGUUUGAUUUGUUUAAGGAGAAUUUGAGGCUCUUUGAUCAUUAUGAAUUGACUUUCCACCAUUUAGAUGAUGUCUGAAUUUGGAGGUUGAUAAACCCAACUUUAAAUUGUGUUAAUUUGUACCAAUUACAUUGGAUACUACUCACACAAACCACACAUUUUAUAUUUGUAUACUUGUUAUAUGAAUACUUCCAUUAAUAGUUCCGUCCAAAUUCAUACCAAAAAAAAAAUAGUACCGUCCAAACUUUGUGUCACCUUGUGAACUUCAGAAUAUGAUAUUAUGCAAGAUAUUUCAUCAUGACUUCUAUGAAUUUUUUAGUAUUGAUUUCAUUAUUGCAAGAAAUUGGUGGAUGAAAUUUAACGUAUUUGUUGAACUGAAAUAAAGAUUUAAAGCAUAAUA